AAAAUUGCAGGUCCUAUUUCUCAAAAUUCCCCGUAGUUGCCAAAAUUUCACUAGAAAGUAAAGCAAGGUUCCUUCAUUCUCAAAACAGGCUUGCGUCCACGUCGAGUGCGGGGAUGAAGUAGGGCUUUUUCGUCGGAGCAGCCGAUAUAAGCCGAUCCAAGGUUUUCUUCUUUCAUUAUUUUCAAUUCAACUAUCAUAUGCCUGAUCAUCCCCGGGCUACUCUGAAUUCUGAUUAUCUCGCUGACGGUGAUAGCCCCACUGCUCGUGCUAGUCUGUCGCCGUUUAGUGUUGCAGGUUAGCCGUGCUCUUUUACACGGCUGAUGUGUGUGAAAUAACGGCCACAUCCCAUCCAACAAAAUUAAGCAUAUGAAAAUGGAGCUAGUCAUAGAGGCCGAAAUUUAGUCUUCGGCGGUGAUCGCGUGGGGGCCUAUAUGUUCAAUGUUUGUACCUCUAAAAACUUCCGCUAUACAUAUUCUUAUACCCAAUUAUAUUAGGUACUGUUUUCAAGUUUGGCAGUGAGGAUUGAACUUCACCUUAUAAUGCCAGUUCUGCUUCAGAAUUUGAUGAUUGAUAAAGCUGUUACAUUAAUCUGAGCCUUCAAUAUCUAUCAAUUCCACCUACCUCAGUAUAGAUGUUCUGAGCAUAUUUAUUUGAAUUUUGUUUUUGUUUUUCUUCUCCAGCUGUUUGUUAUAGUGAUCAAUAAUGGUUUAAUUUUCCUGAUUUGAUUCAAUCCAUCUUUUUGAGACUUUGUGGAGCUAAGUCCCUGUUUUGUUAUUGAAUCUUAUGUUCUGUUAAUUUGUUUUGGCCUUUUUCGUAUGUCUUUGUUCUUUAAACAGAGAAUUCAAAUAAGCAAGAAUGUACUGAUCACUAUAACGAAUGAUUCAUAGAGAAAAAAAGAUUCAAGUUCGGCUAGGAAAUUAGUGAAAUUAAAAAGAUUCCAGAUCUCCAGUGCGUUGAUUUUUUUUCCUAUGAAAGCAGAAGCUUUUGUGUCUUUGCAGAGCAGAAAUAAAUAAAUGGGUUCAAGCUAUCUACGUUUGGUUUCUUACAGUAAGCAAUUGAGCUUUUAUGCCAAACAUGGCAGCCACGAGCAGACUCUUUCUCUUUUCCACCACAUGCAGGCCUCACUAGCCCUUGCUUUAGACGCCCAUGUCUUCUCUCUUGUUCUCAAGUCUUGCACCGCCCUCCGAAGACCACAUUUGGGCAUUGCCAUCCAUGCUCAUUCCGCUAAAUCCUCCUUACUCUCAAGCCCAUUUGUUGCUUGUGCCCUUGUUGACAUGUACGGAAAAUCUUUGUCUGUUUCACUUGCACGAAAGUUGUUCGACGAAAUUCCCCAUAGAAGUGUUGUUGUGUGGAAUGUCAUGCUAUCACUCUACGUGCACUCAAACAUGUUAUUUGGUGCUUUGCAAUUGUUUGAAGCUAUGGAUGUCCCUCCAAAUGCUUCGUCCUUCAAUCCAAUAGUUGCAGGGUUAUCGAAAUUGGAGGAUGGAUUCAAGGCCAUUGCUUUCUAUAGGCAAAUGCAACAAUGUGGGUUGAAGCCUAAUUUAAUUACCCUUCUUGCUUUAUUACCUGCAAGUGUUGGAGUUGCAUCUUUGGACUUGAUUAAACAAAUUCAUGGUUUUGCCAUGAGAAACGAUAUUGGUGGUCAUCUUCAGUUAAGCAGUGGCCUUGUUGAGGCCUAUGGACGAUGCGGAUGUCUCUCUUAUGCGCACAAUGUGUUUGAUAAUAUGACAGAAAGAGAUGUAGUUGCAUGGAGCAGUUUAAUAUCAGCACAUGCUCUUCAUGGGGAAGCCAGUACUGCUUUAAACAUCUUUCAACAAAUGGAAUUGAGUAAAGUGCAGCCUGAUGCGAUUACAUUUAUAGGGGUGUUGAAAGCUUGUAGUCACGUGGGGUUGGCUGAUGAAGCAUUGGAUUAUUUUAAUCGUAUGCAGAGAGAUUAUGGUCUGCAAGCAAGCAGUGAUCAUUAUUCUUGUUUAGUAGAUGUAUUGAGCAGGGCAGGAAGAUUACAUGAGGCGCAUGACAUUAUUCGUGAGAUGCCAGUGAGGGUGACGGCUAAAGCUUGGGGAGCCCUUCUCGGGGCUUGUCGAAUUUAUGGAGAGUUAGAGCUGGCGGAGAUUGCAGGGAAGGCUUUGUUUGAAAUAGAGCCUGAAAAUGCUGCGAAUUAUGUGCUGUUGGCUAAAAUGUAUGCAAGUGUAGGGAGGCAUGAGGAGGCUCAAAGAAUGAGGAGGGAAAUGAAAGAGAGGAGAGUUAAGGUAGUACCUGGAAGUAGUUGGGUUGUUUAUCAGGAUUGAUUGAGAACCGUUGAUGGGUUCUUAAUGUAGUAUUUGAGAAGUGUGUGUUUAUUACUUGAAGAAAUUAAAUUAAUAAUUUGGUUGAGACGUGAUGAUAGCAUCCAACGUAUCUGAGAUGUUGUGAAGCCAGAUCCUGCUUCAGGGAGAACAUACACAGUGAAACGACAUUUACAUGAGUUACGGGCCAUUUGGAUCGAGAAAAUUGAGAUGAGAAUAAGAUUAGUGGUAAUUAAGAAUGUCUAGAAAUAAUCAGUCUUGAAAUAAGAUCGUUGGAAAUUUAGGAUGUAUGUGUUUAGUUGUGUAUGGGAAUGUUAUUAAAAAUUUAUGAGAACAAAUUCUUUUCUAUUUCA